AUGUUCAAAGAAUUCAAGAUGAGUAUGAUUCGGAAGUUUGAAAUAACAGAUAUUGGUUUGAUGUCUCACUUUCUUUGCAUUGAAGUUGUGCAAAGGGAAGAUGGAAUUUUCAUUUCUCAAAAUGGCUAUGCAAAGGAGAUAUUCAAAAGAUUUGGGAUGGAGUCUUGUAAUCCGGUAAACACUCCGGUAGAGAGUGGGUUAGAGCUAAGGAAGAGCACCAAUGGUGGCAAUAUAGAUCCAACUUACUUUAAAAGUUUGGUUGCAAGUCUCCGGUACCUUACUUGCACUAGACCGGACAUAUUUUAUGGAUUUGGGCUGAUUAGUAGAUAUGUGGAAGCAUCGAAUCAAUCACAUCUCAAUGCGGCAAAGAGGAUUUUUCGUUAUAUCAAAGGUACACUCAAUGAUGGUUUACUUUAUUCAUGGACUCAUGAUUUUGCACUCGUUGGAUACUCCGAUAGUGAUUGGGGAAGAGACUUGGAUGAAACAAAAAGUACUUCAAGCUUUGCUUUCUUCUUGGGAAAUGCUGCAUUCACUUGGUCAUCUAAAAAGCAAGCAAUAUUGUCACUUUGUCUACUUGUGAAGCAGAGUACGUAG